AUGGCCGCGAUCACGUCGCUUGGCCUGCACAAGCCAUUAGCCCUCCGAUACCUAGUCGCAGAGUCAAUACUGCCUGCAGAUGCACCUGAGGAUAGCUAUACAUGGCGAUGCUACAAUUCUGAGAGCGAUAUUGGCGGGAUAAUUGAAGAAGAGCUCAUCUAUACGGACAAGUGCGUCGUGUGGUCGCGUGGUGGGAUCGUGAAGAGGUCUUUCAAUUUCAAUAUCGAAGGGGAGAGCAUUGUGGAAGCGCUUUUCACUCAUUUUCCGGCGGGCAAGUCGAAGUCUGGGAACGGAACCGGCUCAGCAGAUGGCCAAAUAGCCCGGAGAAAUCCCCAGGGCCAUCCCGCAGCAUCGAUCAAAAGCAAGCAUCAAGGCCGCUUGAAUGGGAAGAUACGCAAGAGAGUUGUUAUACAGGACCAGAAGGAUUCCUGUGGCAUCCCCGGACUUGCUAUAGAUGAAAAUCAUGACGAAACCGAAUCUUCCAGAGCGCUAGUUGUGGUGUUGAAAUCUCAAAUCCAUGUCUACUUUAUCUCUGGUGAUAGCCAUGUCGUCCCGUUGCCCUUUGAGCUUGAUUCAAUAUGGCCAACCCCAAAUGGGCUAUUGUUUCAACGGAAGUCGUCCGAGAAACACGAUGUGCCAGUGCCAUCUGUUCCUCCAAAUUCUUUUGUUUCUUCGCAGCCUAUGCAUCCAACCUCCAGACAUUCUGCUUCGUUUAAACUCUCCAGCGGAACAGGAAACCGGCCAGCAUUAACUGUCUCUCCAUCCCAACCUUCAAAAUUUCUCCUCAAACCCGAAAAAGACGAUUCAGCCCCGCGAGUAUUUUCUCUUCUUGAUCCCCACUCGGAGAUGGGAUUGGUGGCUGUAUCCUCCUCGCCACAUGAUGACAAUGCCCAUAGACUUGCCGAUAUUUUAAACCCUGCAGAGGAGCUCCUUUAUGUAUCGCCUACUAGUGAAAUCCCUUCAGGAGUCAUAUCCACGAAAAGUGACACGCCAUUAAUACUACUGGUUACUCUGAACUCGAAGACUGGAAUGCAUAAUAUCUGGGUUGCUCGAUACAGACUCAAGGAAGGACCUAUAGCUUCACAGAGUCAUCGGAGAAAGUCGUCAAGCACGCAGUCUAAACGACGGAGCUCUCAUUUUGAUAUAACUACAGGGACAACAACACCUGUUGGCCCGGGGCCAUCGAGCUUUAGGGAAAGCUUUGGAGGACCAAGUCAAGGACGGAGUACAUCACAGCCAUUCAAUCAUAACCAUGCAUCCCUCGAGGGUAAACCGGGGGGAGCUGACCUUGCUACACAACUUGGACAAGAGUUUGUGGACGUGGGUGUGACAUCUAAGGCUUCGAGGAGAGUGAGCUCGUUACUUGCUCGUAGCGACCUAAUGGCGACCAAUGAUAGAGCAACAUUCUCCGACCUUGCAGGAAGCCAGCUCAAGUCAUCCUUCCACGGUGGAUCACGGAGGGGAGAGUUCUUUGGGGGGAGUGGCCUUCGCCUCAGCCAGAGUUUCAACCGAAGAGGCUCCCUCCCCCCUGGGAAUGCGUCCGUGUAUAGCAAUGGUAGCAGCUUUCUCGAUGCUCCCGUCGAUAAGCUUCUGGAAAGCUUAAAUAGCGGCGGUGAUUUCGAUGGGUUUGAAAAUAUGGGUAUUAGAGAAACGGUGUCUAACCUACCACGGGAGGUUAUUCUUUCGAAAGUAGGGAGUGUUCCCUCUGGGGCUGCAACCUAUGACUUUUCAGUCAACCAAAAAGCCCAUAUGUUUGAAGUCUUUACCUUGUCUUCAUCCGAUGAGUCAACAUUGAAGGACCCUGAAUCAAUACCAUUAGCUGUUUGCAUUCUUAACCGGAAUUCAAAGGAUCUAACUGUCGUAACGCUUAGUGCUCAAAUUCUGGGGCCCGAUCAAACACAGGCCCGUCAAAAUGAAAGGAGGGGCAAUGACUUCACAGGAUGGCCUCAAUAUAAAGUGCGCGCACUAAAUGUCCGCCAUGGCUCGAAUGUCCUGGACUGUUGCAAAUUGGUGGAUAGAGGCGUUUCCCGAAUGCUAGUGCUUUCUUCUACGAGUGACGGACAAGGAGAACUCACUAUUCAAGCACCAUGGAGUACGCUUGUACGAGUAGAACUACCGGAUAGUAUGGUACUGCACGAGCCAUCCAGCAUAUCCCUUGAAACAACUCCCUCCAACCUCCGUGAAGAAGGCCUCCGGCGAGUUUUAUGCAAGACCCCCCUGAGGAUGCAGGGACUUACCCAUUCGACUGCCGACGGUAAGGUAGAUAUUGUUGACAAUCAGGAAAGGAGACACAGAAUACAGGUUCAGCUACAGCCUUACAAUUCUCUUGUGAAACGGGUACUCUCGCUCUGUCGAUAUGUUCUGCGGCACUCAGAGAGAGCCGGAGAUGGGGUCCAUAUAGGGUGGUGGCAAACUCUCAAAUGGCUUCGUGCGAGGGACGUGAGAGACGAGAAUUUAGAGUGGACUGCUUUGGUAGUCACGCUUUUCUCGAUGGCCGUAUACUUUAUCGAUGACAGCUCUACCGAUGUGAAAGUUCCGAGGAGAAAGAAAAGGGGUAGCCUCAUGAGAUCCAGCACGGGGAGUUCCAUUGACCUGUCAGACUGGCACGGUAUGGUGGACCAGGAAUCAGGCUCGGCGGGCAUUUCUGCACCAUGGAUGACAACCGCAGCUUGGGACUGGAUACGAGAAGAAAAUAUCAAAUAUGUUGCGGACACUUCUCGAUUUGAUCGGCCAAAUGACGACUCCAAAGCAGAGGGCCAACCAAAUGAAAAAAAUGCGUAUAUUACUCGAUGUUCACAGCUUGCUCGAGAUUUCCUAUCCUCUCCACAAGGCGAGGCGGCAACUGGCGGGGAAGGCUAUCUUCCUAUUGCCAUUUCACGAGAUCAAGGCACACGAAGAACGGCCCUCGGUACAAUCCUAGUAGGCCUCCAUCUCCUUCGCGAGGAGCUAAAGUUAUCAAUUGUUAAUACCGAUAACUCCCGCUCUGAAAGAGGGCUCCUACUCCCCAUCCUUGCUCAGAUCGGAGGAUGGCUGGGUUGGGAUUCUUGGACCUGGAAAGAAGGCAGUUACUAUGGUACGGAAACUGUUGGUAUUGAUGGCUGGGUUUUCGAAGAUACCCGGAUUACUGGACUCGACAUGCCCCCCUCGCCUUUCCCCCCUCCAUCCAUUUUCAGCUUUGUUGAGAAUACGCUACAUCGUAUCCCUUCCUCCUUUUUAACGUUAAUGGACGUUGUGUCUAGCUCUACGAUCAAGCCUGGAGGUGGUAGAAUUUGGGACCAAGCAGUCAACCUAACUCCCAGAACGUUAGCUCUGACCGGGUUCCUGUCAGAGGUUGGGAAUAAGCAAACUGCCUCUGAAAGAGUUGCCUUGUUGCUUCGCUGGGGCAUCACCGCAUCUCUAAUUGAUACAAUUCCUGACGGUAUUAGCGCUCCAUUGCAUGAGGCUAUUUUUAGCUGUCAGAGCGACCCUCCGCUCUCUUGGGGUUCAUCACUACUUGAACUCGUAGAUAGGGAGGACUUGUUCCUCUCGACGUCUAGUGAGGCCCUUCAUCUACCAGCUUCUCGGUCUCAGUUUAUUCAACCUCACGAUGCCCUUCGAGAUGUUCGGAACAUUGGAAGUUCAAUAACUGAUAAUAAUUUGACCAAUUCGUUCGAAAUCUCCGCAGAGGCUGACCGUCACUCAAUAACUAAAUUGAUAUUUCGCGAAGACAGGAGGUAUUUUGAGGCCGCCAGGAUUCUCAACCAAAUGAAAGCCCCAACGGCGGAAUGUUUACCUGAGCCAGACUGGUCUGAGUCUGACCUUCUAGAAGCACAAAAAGAACUUGUCCAGCUAGUAACAUUGCGAACGCUGUCAAUUCCUACAGGACGUGCGAUGGUUGGUUUUGACGGCCGUGUUCCUCUUCUUACCGAAAAGCUACCGAUACCCUCUUUCUCACUACAAUGCGUCAUGAAGCCUUCGAAUGUUACAAUCAGCGCUGACAGAGCAGCAUUCGUGGAGGAAAAGGCAUGCUGGGCAUUCUUUCAUAACGGGGUGUCAACCGGAUUAGCAAUAUCAAAAUCCGCCAAAGGAAUUGACACGUCGUGGAUAUUGUACAACAAACCCAGCGAACUCACAAAUCGACAUGCUGGAUUUUUACUUGCCUUAGGGCUAAACGGGCAUUUGAAGACGCUUGCAAAAUGGGUGGCUUUCAAGUAUUUAACCCCAAAACACACUAUGACUUCCAUCGGUCUGCUUCUAGGAUUAUCUGUAUCCUACCUUGGGACUACGGAUCCUCUGAUCACUCGGCUACUUUCCGUUCAUGUGACGAGAAUGCUUCCACCAGGCGCGGCAGAGCUAAAUUUGUCCCCCUUGACACAGACAACAGGUAUAAUGGGAAUAGGGUUACUUUACUGCAAUUCCCAGCAUCGUCGUAUGAGUGAAGUGAUGCUCUCCGAAAUCGAGCACAUGGAGGGAGAGGAGACCUCAAUUUCUCAGGAGCCUUUACGAUAUGAAGGAUACCGACUUGCUGCUGGGUUCGCGCUGGGGUUCAUUAAUCUAGGGAAAGGAAACGAUCUCCGAGGCCUUCAAGAUAUGCGCGUUGUUGAGAGGUUACUUGCAUUAGCUGUUGGCACGAAAGAGGUGGAUUUGGUCCAUAUUCUCGACAAAGCAGCAGCAGGUGCGACGAUUGCAAUCGCAAUAAUAUUCAUGAAAUCAAACGAUAGCGCUCUAGCCCAAAAGGUGGAUAUCCCGGAUACAGAGGUCCAAUUCGACUAUGUCCGCCCUGAUAUUUUUCUACUUCGAACGUUAGCAAGACAUCUUAUUAUGUGGGGCUCCAUUAAAGCCAGCCAAAAAUGGAUACAAAAGAGCCUCCCAUCAUUUUACAGACGGAGGUAUCGUUUAUCGGCAAUCCGACGACUCAGCACUGACGAUAUGCCCUAUUUCAACAUAGUCGCUGGACUCUGCUUUGCGCUUGGCCUUCGAUUUGCCGGGUCAGGAUCCAAGGCAGCGCGAGACCUUCUUGUAGCACACCUAGAUCAAUUCAUACGGAUUUGCCGAAUUCCGGCUCUUAACUACGACGCGAAACUAACGCAGAACUCUGUGCGGAACUGUCAAGAUAUCAUUGCACUCUCGGCUGCCGCUGUGAUGGCAGGGACAGGCGACCUUGUGACAUUCCGGCGUAUACGCUCUCUGCAUGGCCGUGUUGACGCCGACACUCACUAUGGAAGCCAUAUGGCGACUCACAUGGCCGUCGGUAUGCUUUUCCUGGGUGGAGGCACUUACACCCUGGGCACGUCUAAUAUAGCAGUUGCCUCCCUGCUCUGCUCUCUAUAUCCUGUUUUCCCAACAACCGUCCUUGAUAACAAUUGCCACCUCCAGGCAUUCCGCCACCUCUGGGUUUUGGCUGCUGAACCUCGAUGCCUGGUACCUCGAGACCUUGACACGCGUCGCCCAGUUACAAUACCGGUGUCACUCACACUAAGUACAGGGGAGGUGAAAACCGUGACUGCCCCUUGUCUGCUACCCGAUCUGGACGAUGUAUCUUCAAUCAAGAUCGCGAGCGCCGGCCACUGGAAUGUCACGUUGGACUUCGCCAGUAACGAAAGCUUACGCAGCAAAUUUCGAGAUGGAGACCAGUCUAUCUACUUGAGAAGACGGGCCAAUCACAGCGACUCGGAAUGUUCGGUUUUCUCUACUACCCUUGCUGCAUUAAGCGACGCUCAAGAUAUACCUCCGCCUGCGUCCAUCCCUGGGAAUGCAAGGCCAUUCUAUGCUAUACGUCCGACUAGCCUCCACGCCUCGCUGCAGCCAUAUGACAAGGGAUCCGGUCAGGCUCGCAUGCCGCCUCGCCACAUAUGGGAUUUCAUCUUCGAUCUCCCAGCGUUCUCGUCACUGGACAUGUCAGAACGGAUGGUCGUGCUGCCGCAGAUUCCGUUCCACGAGUCUUUGAAACUUCUCACCAAUGGCAAGAGGCGGAGCAAGGUUAGCUCUCCGUCCUGGCUCCGUCCAACGUCUGUCGAUACGAGGCUUGUGCUCGACAGUACCAUGCGAAACCUGGUAUCUGCAGCAGCUAGGCGCGGCGUGGGCGACGAGGUGAUUCGAGAUCGACUGUGGCAGUUACGUCUGCUCUUCGCAUGGGCGGACAGCGCUGGUAACGAUAGCAAAGCUAACAGAGACAGCCACGAGGGCGACAGUGUUGGUGCGUCCGAGAACAGAUGGCUACGGCAAGAAGUGAUUGAGACUGCCCGAUGGCAGAUCUGGAGGAUCCAAUCCGGGGACAUGGGCGUCUCCGAGGGUGUAGAAUAG